AUGUGGUGGCUGUGGAAAUGGCGUAAUGAAGUAGCUUUUGGGGGCCAUGAAAAAGAGGUUCAACAAAAGGUGGAGUGGUUAAAAAUGCAAGAAAUGGAGAUCAGAAAAUCCUUUGCUAGCUCGCCCAGAGGGGAGGGCACACUUGCAGGAGGAGGCGUUGUCCUUAGAGACAAAAACGGUAGAUGGAUUGAGGGUAGAUCUUUCUCUUUCCAAGCUAGUAACCCUCUGGAAACUGAAUUGAGAGCGUUGGAGUUGGCCCUGCGGUGGACGGAGUCUAAAAGAAUCUUCAACAUGGAGAUUCAGACAGAUUGCAAAGAGAUGGUAAAGGCCCUUAACGAUGCCAACGAAAGUAAUUAUCAGCGGGGAGCCCUGAAAUCCCGUUGCAGAGAAUUAAUUCGUAGAAGUGGGUACACUACAGUUGUUCAUAUCUUCCGUGAACAGAACUUUGUUGCUGACUUUUUGGCUACGCUUGCUGCGAACAGGAGGGAACCUUGCAUUAUCUUUGUUUCCCCACCCCCUGGUUGUGAUACUCUUGUUUGUAAUGAUCAAAUGAGAGUUGUGAGUGAACGUCUCUUGCUGGAGACGGAGUAG